AAUUGUGAGACAACUUGAGUAAAGUAUAAAAGAUGGCGAUCAAUUUAAUCGAUGGUUUUUAUCAUUCAUCGAUUAAUUUGAGUAUUAAUUGGUCGCCCGUAGAUGGUGGUGCAAUCGCGUUGCCGCUUGUUUGAAAAGUAACGUAUGUCUGACGCUUGUGGAACAUCGUAGAGUGUCUGACGCUUGGAAGCUUUUCCUCGAGUUUUUUUUAUACUUAAAAAGAUAAAUAUGGCUCCGGCAAUCAAAGAUAAUAUGAAAGGUAUAUUUAGGAAAGUGCAGUUUAAUAAAACUGCCCAUCCGGAGUACACGAAGAAGCUGACAAAAUUAUACGAGAGGACGGACUUGAAUACAUUCUGGGAACAUUUUAUUUGGCACCUAAAGGUUCUUCUUUCAACGCCGCAGCAACAUCCAUUUGUUUUAAACACAUUAGAGUUUUGUGCAAAAUUCUGUAUGACAUUUUAUUCAUCUUUAGAAAGUGAAAAUGAAACUACAGAACCAAUCUCUCCAUUUCUUGGCAAAUUAUUCGAUUUUCUUUUAUCAAAGCACAAUGCCAAGGAUAAAGGAGUACGAUUUCGUAUAUGUCACUUUCUGAACAUGCUUUUAAACUCUAUGGGUGACAAUGCUUUCAUCGACGACAAAUUGUGUGACCGAAUUACAGUUAAUAUGAUGGAUCGAUUAUUGGACAAGUCUCCUAAAGUCAGAGCACAAGCUGUUUAUGCCUUGUAUAGAUUACAGGAUCCAUCGGACGAACAAUGCCCUGUAAUAAAAAUGUAUCUCUUUCAUAUAUCCAAAGAUCCAAGUGCUACAGUUCGUAAAGCGGUUCUUGCUACUAUGGGUAAAAAUCAGAAAACCUUACAAGCUGCCUUGAUGAGAACACGAGACAUUGAUGAUUUGGUGCGCAAAGCAGCGUAUGAAUUUAUCAGUAAAAUCACAGUGCGUUCCUUGACUAUUAAACAAAGAGAACGUUUGUUGAAGGAUGGUCUUAAAGAUAGAUCUGAGAUUGUCAGAACAUGCAUAAAUAAUGUUUUGUUACCAACAUGGCUGAGAUAUUUCAAGGGAGAGUUUAUAAAUCUGAUUCAUGCACUGGAUAUUGGAAUGGACACAGAAACUGCAACUUCAGCUUUAGAAGUACUAUUCAAAAAUGCUGAUUUAAAAAAUUUAUUGGAGCAAGUGCCAAUAGAUAAAAAUACAAAAUUGAUCCCACUGACAAGUUUAACAAAUGAAAAUGUUUAUUGGAAGUGUGUAAUACAACAUCUUCAGCGUCUUUCUUAUAUCGAAGGGUUAGAAUUAAUAAUUCCAGAAUUGUCGGAAUUUUGUAAAUAUAUAUAUGAUUUCAUCACUUUAAUAUCUUCUCAAUUAUAUGAGACAUGGGAAAAAGAGAAUCAUAACUUUAUUUUACUACAACUUUUUGAAAUAUCUACAAUGUAUGACCUCUCAGACGAGGUAGGCAGAAAAAAUCUGAACAAUGUGAUAAUAGACAGUUUAAUAAGUGAUCAUUAUUCUGCUAAAAUAAUUGAGUGUACAGUGAAUCAUUUAACGAAAGUGAUACCAGAUGCCAACAAUAUGCUAAAUGCUAUUGCUAAUGUUAUCAGCGAGAUUAGGCUACCUUUGGAAAAAAUCACAGAUACUCAGCAAAUUACUGCAGAGCAGCAGCAUGAGAACAACAUGAAAAAAACAAGAUUAAAAGUUGAAGUGUUAGAGCUCGAAGAGGAGUUAUAUGAAGCGAUCAAGGAACAAAAGUUUUUACAAGCUGAUAAUCUUAAAGAAAGGAUCAAUGUUUUGAAAGAGGAGAUAAAUCGUUUAUUUAAAGUACCCGAAGCUGUAAGAAUCGAGGAUAAUAUGAGGGAAGAGAAGACUGAUACCACAACUAUGAUGAAAUGCCUUAAUAUCUUAUGCGUCGCGAUGCAAUCUAUUCGCACGUUAACGCCUGUACUUAGAGGUUUAUUGGAUUUUGUUUUAAGUAGCCUUGAUCAUCCUGAUGAUAGCGUACAUGUAUUAGCACUAAAGACAUUAGGUGUCUAUUGCAUCUUGGAUAAAGAAUUGGCCAAGAAACACAUAAUGAUAUUUUUUUAUCAAUUUUCUCUUGAACAAGACGAUCAAGAGAUAUGGAUAACUUCCUUGAAGGUAAUAUUUGAUCUCUUACUCAUGUAUGGGUUAAGAUAUUUUGAUAUUUUGCAAUCUCCGGAAGAGAAUUCUGUGCAAAAUAGAUCUGAAAAAACUCGUUCACUUUACACACAUAAUGAUAGUGAUACUUCUCUUGAUAAACGAGAUGAAAUGGAGGAAGGCUCUUGUAAUCUCAUUAAAAUCUUAACAGACUUAUUAAACAAUAAGAAUCAGGAUUUGCGUACUAUCACAGGGGAAGGAUUUUGCAAAUUGUUACUCAAUCAACGGAUCAAUAGUAGUAGUCUGAUAUCGCGCCUAAUAAUUAUGUGCUACAAUCCGGUCAAUAAUGACGACGUUUAUCUUCGUCAAUGUUUAAGUGCUUUUUUUGAUUCCUUUAUAAUACAUGUACCUGAUGCUCUAGAAAUGCUCGAAAACGCAUACUUUCCGACAUUGCGAGUUCUUUGUGACGCACCGGACAUUAGUCCCCUUCGGGAAAUUGAUGCCUUUCAUGUAUCCAGAUUCAUAUUGAGUUUAACUGGACGAGGGUGCCAAAAGGCUAGCAGACAAACAUUUUAUACGCAUAACAAUCUUGCUUUUGCUAUAUUGGCAGAGAUCUUAAAUCCAGAGAGCAAGAUAGAUCAAGAAAUUCUUAUUAGAUCUUUGACAAAUUUAUGCAUUCAAAUCGAGGAUGAUACGUCAAAACAAAAUCUGCAGAAAGCCAUUAAGAAAGUUACAAAAAUAGUAAUGGAAUAUGAUAAACGACUGCUUAAAUAUAUUAAACAAUUCAAACAAAAAUUGGAAGGGAUAGAGAUAAAUGUUGAGGAAAAUGAAAAAAGUGAUAGCGAAAAAUCACUAUAAUCAAGAGUAAAACAUUUAUAGAGUAUAAUUAUUUGGUAAUGUAUGUACAUAUAUAGAUUAGAAAAUUUUUAUUUUUUAAAAUAAAAAUUAAAAAUAAUACAAAUUCCUAAUUUUUUUAAUACAGAGAAGAAAGGAGAGUACUGUUCCUUAAUGUUAAAUAAAUGAUUAAAUUAUAUAUAUAAAUAAAUGAUUUCUUAUUAAA